AUGGCCCAGAAAGCAGCCAAAACCUUGGCGACCCGUAACGCCGCGGUCCUCACCCGCACACACCUCAUCACCGCAGCCCUACACCUGCUCUUCCUUAUCCUCCACUUUACAUUCGGCCGCCCACGCUCCCUGAAACCAUACCUCCUCCUCGCCGUGCCAACCCUAAUCAUUGAAUUCUACCUCGACCGCGUCGGCCGCCCCCGCUACAAUGAAGAUGGCUCGCUGCGCUCCGCGGGCGAGGAUCUCAACGCUACCGGGUUGACCGAGUACAUGUGGGACGUGCUCUACUGGACGGAGGGAUGCAUUGCCGCUGUGUGUAUCUUCAAUGAUCGCGCUUGGUGGUUGUGGGCAGUCGUACCGCUUUACUCGGUUUAUUUGGCGUAUUCGACUGUUAUGGGGGUGAAGAAGGGCUUUGCGGGGAUGGGUGGGGGUGCGGAGGGGGCGGAAAGCCAGGCGCCUAUGAGUAAGACGCAGAUGAAGAAGGAGAAGAAGGGGGAUCGGGUGAAGUAUCGCCGGUGA